AUGGCUCUACGGACAGCGGCAUCCCUUUACCUGUGUUUCCUGCUGGCUUCCUGUCUCUGCCUGCAGGGAGUAAAUUGCUGGCAUGAUCUGGACAACACAGAGUACGACUGUUGGCCAAUCAGCAGUCCAAAUGAUUACAACAUGAUCAGCUGUGGUGGGCUGGAGAUGGCCUGGGUGCAGCGUCCUCCAGAGAAAGCAACCAAUGGGGAAGAGUUCAAUGUCACGUACACUGUGACGGCCUCAGAUUCCUUCUACGAGUAUGCAGUCAGGAACAAGAUUUUCCAGUUCAGUAAUGCGUCAGAGGCAAAGAGGUUCUGUCAUGAACACGAGUGCCCGACAAACUGGAACAACGCCAAUGAAAUGAACUGCUGCGUGUAUCAUGCCAACAUCCACUCCUGUCCCCUUGGUCUCAUGAAACAAGGUGGAAUCUGCGGCCCGUGGAUCCCUGACGAUGGUAAAAUAGUGACUCACACUGUCUCCAAAGCAGGCAAGAUGUCCCAGAAAUACUGGACUUCAAAGGUGGUGCUGAUUCAUGUGGGAGUCACCUCAGUCAUUGCUCAUAUCAAAAUUGGUCAGAUGCACGCAGCACUGGAGUCCAAAGUGCUUGUUGUCAGUGCUCAAGUGUGCGGGGAUGACGUCUGCGAGCUGGAGGAAACCUGUCUGAACUGUCCUGCAGACUGUGGCAUCUGCCCGAUGUCCAUUACCAUCAAGGUGGCCAUCGGGCUUCCAGUCGCUCUCUUCAGCAUCGGCUUCAUCCUCACCAUGGUGUGGCUCCAGUACCAGAAACAGAAGAUGCUUUGGGAUGAAAGCUGGAUCAUCAACUACAAGAGCAUAAUAUUUGAUAGAAUGGGCUGCAUGGGCCUCGGCAGCACCAUCAGCAUACAGCGUGUCAAGAGUAACUCCACCAUCAGCCAAACUACUGAUGUGACUGUGUGCACCAGAGUCAACACCUCCUUCAACCAAGGCUUCAUCCAGCCAGGCAUCUAUGACGGGAGGACGGUGGCAGUGAAACACAUCCAGAUUAAACAUUUCACCCUCACUAAAAUCAUCAGGAAGGAGGUGAAAGAAGUUAGGCAACUGGACCACCCCAAUCUAUGCAAGUUCAUUGGUGGCUCCAUUGAGGUCCCUUAUGUCAGCAUCAUCACAGAGCACUGCCCCAAAGGAAGCCUGUCUGAUGUCCUGUUGAAUGACGACAUCCCCAUCAACUGGGGCUUCAGGCUGUCCUUUGCCACUGACAUUGCCCGUGGGAUGUCUUACCUCCACCAGCACAAGAUGUUUCAUGGGAGACUUCACUCCAGAAACUGUGUAAUUGAUGACCGCUGGGUGUGCAAAAUCUCAGAUUACGGGCUUACAGCCUACAGAAGGGACGACUUUGAGGCCAUCAGUAAUGGCUUCAACUGUGGGGAUGUGAAUCGUAUAUACUAUGCCCCAGAGGUCCUGCUGGGAAGCAGCUCCAAUAUGACGCCAGCAGCAGAUGUCUACAGCUACUCCAUGAUUCUGGUUGAGAUUGCAACUCGCUCCAACCUCAUUUCAGCUGAUGUAGUGAGGAUGGAUAUCAUGUGGCGCCCCCCUCUGCCUGAAGUCAAAGCAGGGAAAGCAGACACAGACUGUCCCAGCCAAGCAGACUACUGUGAGCUUAUUAAGAAGUGCUGGGGUCAUAACAUCACCACAAGGCCCACGUUUGAGCAGGUGAAGAAGAUGCUCGACAAAAUGAACCCACACAAAGUCAGCCCCGUGGACAUGAUGAUGAACCUGAUGGAGAAAUACAGCAAACAUCUGGAGGCCAUAGUUGCUGAGAGAACACAGGACCUUCUUCAAGAGAAACAGAAGACAGAUCGGCUGUUAUACAGUAUGUUACCAAAACCAGUGGCUGAUGACCUUCGUCAAGGUCGAACAGCAGAGGCUCAGAGCUACGCCAACGCCACAGUCUACUUCAGUGACAUUGUUGGCUUUACCCAGCUGUCUGGUGCCAGCACUCCCCAUCAGGUCGUAGAUUUUCUCAACCAGCUCUACACCACCUUCGAUGACAUUAUUGACAAUUAUGAUGUCUACAAAGUGGAGACAAUAGGCGAUGCUUACAUGGUGGUCUCAGGGGUCCCUCAAGAAAAUGGCAUCAAUCAUGCCGGAGAGAUCGCCAGCAUGGCUCUUGAUCUGGUCAGUGUCUGCCACACUUUCAAGAUCCCUCACAAACCCACCACACAGCUGAAGAUACGUGCUGGCAUCCACUCAGGACCUGUUGUGGCCGGUGUGGUUGGCACCAAAAUGCCUCGCUACUGCCUGUUUGGGGACACGGUCAACACUGCAUCACGCAUGGAAUCAACAAGCGAGGCUCUGAAGAUCCAGGUGAGCGGUGCCACAGCGGACCUACUUCACACACUCAAAGGUUACAUUCUGACAUGCAGAGGAACACUUAAUGUGAAGGGGAAAGGGGAGAUGAAAACAUGGUGGCUUGAAGCAAAGACAGAUGACUACACAGACCCACUGCUCAAACCACCUGAAUCCAGAGGAGUCCCAGUGCCAGUCAGUGAUUAGAUCUGGGUAGAGACUAAAACUUGACAAUAACUGAAUGAAAACUGGUCUGGCUUUGUGUGUGCAAUUGGCAUGUGUCCAGUGAGCUGUAUUUGGGUUAACUUUUGCAGAUACUACGAUGAACUAAUAGUUGAUCAUGAAUUUAAAUGUCACACUGCACUGUAAAACCAGUAGAUGAUACCACUUAGGUGUGUAAAAUUGUUUUUCACUGUCAUGGUUCCAUUGUUGUCACCAGAACUGAUGAUGACAAGCACUCUGAUAAUACUUUGAUAGUAGUCUACCUGUGAAAAAUGUGUUGUUGUUUUUUUUGGUAACAGGCCUAUGUUUUUUAUUGUUGUUUGUUUUUAAUUUGUAAACAAAUAUGCAGAGAA